AUGUCUUUGGAGAAGACCUCCGACCUGGCCAAUGAGAACACAUGCUUGUCGUCCUCGCUGACCCUUGACCUCCGCUCCCCACAUAGUGCUCUGCUUGAUUCUGACCUGAGCAAGAAGGCCAAAGGCACCACCACGUCCUCCACCAAGAAGCGCCACAACUAUGCCACAUCCACACCUCUGGACCUGCUGAAUGGCACCAUGGGCAGCAAUGGCAUCGAUGAGGAAGAGUCCAGUCAGCAGCGAGAGGAGGAGAGGGUCCGGAACCAGGAGAACGAGCAGGGCCAGCACUGCACAGGGACCAAUGCCAAGUGGCUCAAGGAGGGUCAGAAUCAACUGCGCAAAGUGGCAGAGAGGCAGCAGGACCAGAAUAGAAAUUCUGACCAGGAUUUGAAUCACAACGAGAGCCCAGACGGAAACCCCAACCAUAACUCUUUAGUGGUGGACCAGCUGGAGGAAGACAGUGAGCAGAACCCCUCUUCUAAGACCCUGAGGUCCCUGUGCUCUGACCUGAAUGAGCCUCUGCUGAUCAACACCUCAGAGACCCCUCAUGGGAAGGAGGAAGAGGAAGAAGAGAAAGAGGAGGAUGGGGACGAGGAAGAGUCUCUACUACUUCCAACAGGUGGAGAGAGGGACACAGACUCGUCUGAGGCGCAGAGUAGCAGUGAGUCUCAGAGAGAUGACAGUAGAGAAGUCAAGGACACCUGCCUGCUGUUUCAGGGCAGAAAUGCAGCACCCAGUGAUGAGGACUCCAGCUGUAUGUCACUGUCUCAGGGCAGCACAGCCAACAGCACGCCAGACAGUGACCCAGGUAAGAAGGGCAACAAAAUGUCUUAACAAUGGAUUGGCUUUGAAUGUGUGUUUGUGUAUAAGAUUCACACUUUGUUUUUGUCAUAAACAGGAAGUGGGACACAAUCCAAUUGUUUUCUGGGUUUGUGGAACAUUGUUGUCAUCUCUUGUUUCCUAGUUAUCUCCUUACAUCUAUCUCACUGUUCCUCCUUGUUGUAUAGAGUCUUACUGGGACCGCAGUGCGUUUGAGACGGACACAGACCUGCCUGCGGGGUGGAUGCGGGUCAGAGACGAGUCGGGUACAUACUACUGGCACAUCCCCACAGGCACCACCCAGUGGGAGCCCCCCUCUUCCCUAGAGGAGGGAGAAGCCCCAGAAAGACCAUUCAGUACCUCCCCUGCCAUCACACCCAACGAGGAGCCACAGGUGAGAGCUACAGGGUAGAGCGAGGGGGGCUGUGUGUCUGUGUUGAGGACAUUGUUCUCGCCAUUUGAUAGAAGCAUACAUUGUCCCACAUACUUUAUCAGGACUGUGAAUUCUGAAGAAAAAAAUGGACUGAGCAAGUGGUUUGUACGUGCAUUGACCCAUCUACCGGUACUCAAUGCCUGCCUGUGUAAAUUAGGUCCUGUGCCGCACAGUCAUUGUAUUUCUAUUAAGCACCCACCGCUAGUGCUAACUGAUUUAGUUUUCUACUUCUAAUUGGUCCUUAUCUCUUUUUCGUAUUUUCAGUUGAUGUGGAAUAGUCUCACCCAGUCCCGCCCCAACAGGUUUAAUGACGAGGAGUUCUGGAAGGUUGAGUGCCGACUCUACUUAAAACAAACCCAACAUCAAUGCAGUUUGAAAACCUUUACCUAAACAUUGAACAAUUUACUAUAUCAAAUGUAGAAAUGUGAUUGUGACUUCUUACUGUUCUUGUUUUAAAUUCAGGAGGAAGAUGCCAUGGCUGAUCAGACCCUAAAGGAUUUUGAAGGAGCCACAUUGCGUUAUGCCUCUAUCAACCUCAGGUGAGUCCUGUCCCCCCCCCCCCCCCCCCACCAUGUAUGGUGUCUGUUAUCAUUAGAUGCUCUUGACUUGUGUAGAUGUCAACUCACUGAUAAUCUGACUCAUUUCACCUCCUAGCUGCUCACAAUCUGAAGAAAAGGAAAAGAUGAACUCGCUCAUCAAUGACCCAGAGGCAAAGGUAUGUACUCUCACUUGGACACAUGGACAUAACCAUCAUUCCACUCCCAUCCCAAACAAAUGUUUCUCUCUGUCAACAUUCAACAUAAGGUCAAUCACUCUUUCUCUGUCUUUGUGUGGCUUCAUUAAUAAGUGCAUCAACGACGUCGUCCCCAAAGUCACUGUACAUACAUUCAGUGCAUUCUGAAAGUGUUUUUUAUUUAAUCCAUUUUAGAAUAAGACUGUAGCGUAACAAAAUGUUGAAAAAGUCAAAGGGUCUGAAUACUUUCCGAAUGCACUGUAUCCCAACCAGAAGCCAUGGAUUACAGGCAACAUCUGCACUGAGCUAAAGGCUAGAACUGCCGCUUUCAAGGAGCUGGACACUAAUCCUGACGCUUAUAAGAAAUCCCACUUCGCCCUCCGACGAGCCAUCAAACAGGCAAAGCAUCAAGACAGGACUAAGAUCGAAUCCUACUACGCCGGCACUGACGCUCGUUAGAUGUGGCAGGGCUUGCAAACUAUCACGGAUUACAAUGGGAAACCCAGCCAUGAGCUGCCCAGUCACGCGAGCCUACCAGACGAGCUAAAUGCCUUCUAGUCUCGCUUCGAGGCAAGCAACGCUGAACCAUGCAUGAGAGCACCAGCUGUUCCCGGACGACCGUGUGAUCUCACUUUACGUAGCCGAUGUGAGUAAGAUUAACAUUCAUAAGGCCUCAGGACCAGACGGAUUACCAGGAUGCAUACUCAGAGCAUGCACUGACCAGCUGGCAAGUGUCUUCACUGACAUUUCCAACCUCUCCCUGACCCAGUCUGUAAUACCUACGUUUCAAGCAGAGCACCAUAGUCCCUGAGCCCAAGAACGCCAAGGUAAAUUGUCUAAAUGACUAUCGCCCCUUAACACUCACAUCUAGCCAUGAAAUGCUUUGAAAGGCUGGUCAUGGCUCACAUCAACGCCAUCAUCCCAGAAAGUGCAGAAAGAUGGCAACUCCUGCUCAAGAAAGCACAUACAUGCCCGUCUGAAGUUUGCCAAUGAACAUCUGAAUGAUUCAGAGGAGAACUGGGUGAAGGUGUUGUGGUCAGAUGAGACCAAAAUCGAGCUCUUUGCCAUCAACUCAACUUGCCGUGUUUGGAGGAGGAGGAAUGCUGCCUAUGACCCCAAGAACACCAUCCCCACCGUCAAACAUGGAGAUGGAAACAUUAUGCUUUGGGUGUGUUUUUCUGUUAAGGGGACAGGACAACUUCACCGCAUCAAAGGGACGAUGGACGGAGCCAUGUACCGUCAAAUCUUGGGUGAGAACCUCCUUCCCUCAGCCAGGGCAUUGAAAAUGGGUCGUGGAUGGGUAUUCCAGCAUGACAAUACCCAAAAUAAUAAUAAUAAUAAUAAUGUGCCAUUUAGCAGACGCUUUUAUCCAAAGCGACUUACAGUCAUGCGUGCAUAAAUUUUUUGUGUAUGGGUGGUCCCGGGGAUCGAACCCACUACCUUAGCGUUACAAGCGCCGUGCUCUACCAGCUGAGCUACAGAGGACCUCUGGUAAACACACGGCCAAGGCAACAAAGGAGUGGCUCAAGAAGAAGCACAUUAAGGUCCUGGAGUGGCCUAGCCAGUCUCCAGACCUUAAUCCCAUAGAACAUCUGUGGAGGGAGCUGAAGGUUCGAGUUGCCAAACGUCAGCCUCGAAACCUUAAUGACUUGGAGAAGAUCUGCAAAGAGGAGUGGGACAAAAUCCCUCCUGAGAUGUGUGCAAACCUGGUGGACAACUACAAGAAACGUCUGACCUCUGUGAUUGCCAACAAGGGUUUUGCCACCAAGUACUAAGUAAUGUUUUGCAGAGGGGGUCAAAUACUUAUUUCCCUCGUUAAAAUGCAAAUCAAUUUAUAACAUUUUUGACAUGCGUUUUUCUGGAUUUUUUUGUUAUUCUGUGUGUCACUGUUCAAAUAAACCUACCAUUAAAAUUAUAGACUGAUCAUGUCUUUGUCAGUGGGCAAACGUACAAAAUCAGCAGGGGAUCAAAUACUUUUUCCCCUCACUGUAUGUACAUAUCAACCUCAAUUACCUCAUACCUCUGCACAUCGACUCUGUACUGGUACCCCGUGUAUAUAGCCAAGUUAUCGUUACACAUUAUGUAUUUAUUCCACAUGUUUUUAUUUUUGCAUUGUUGGUAAGGGCCUGUAAGUAAACAUUUCACUGUUAGUCUUCACCUGUUUGCGAAGCAUGUUACAAAUAAAAUGUGAUUUGAUUUGAAUAGGUUUUUGCAGUGCGGUCUCUGGGCUGGGUGGAGAUAUCAGAGGAGGAGAUGGCCCCAGGGAAGAGCAGUGUGGCUGUCAACAACUGCAUCAGACAGCUCUCCUACCACAAACACAACCUGCACGACACGGCUGGGAUCUGGGGAGAGGUCAGAGAAUGGCUUGUGUGUGGGAAUAUGACUGAAUGAUUUGUGUGUGGGAAUAUAACCUCAAAAUGUUGGUAGAACAAUGUUUAGAGAAAUGUUGUGUAAUGUUUCCACACAGGGAAAAGACAUGCUCCUUGUUCUGGAGAAUGAGAUCUUGAACCUGAUUGAUCCGUUGGGCCAGACUCUGCUGCACACCCAGCCUAUCGUCAGCAUCCGAGUGUGGGGAGUGGGCCGGGACAACGGCAGGCCAGUCCCUGCUACUCUAACUAUAUUUCAAAAAAGAAAAGAAAAAAAUCUACAAAUAUCAGUUUUUGCCAGUUUGCUAUGGGAAAUGUUUCUUAUUUUAGUUUUAUUUGCCUGGCUUUUAACUGAAACUCCAUUUGCCUUACUUUGUGAAUCCUGCUUUGUUUGCUGUUGAAUUGAUUGAUUUGGUGUUUUCUCUCUAACCUGCUGCACUUGGGCACACAGGGAGAGGUAGUGUAUUGUUAUUGUUGUAUCCACCAUCUUCCGUCAUGUCACGUAGGUUAUGGUUGUCAUAGUUACGACAUUGGCUUGUCAGUUGUUGAUUCCUCACCCACAUCCCAUAAUGCUUGAUGUUUCUCACUCACACCCAUGACUUUCGAUCAGUUUCUCUGUGUAAGUAGCACCUAUAUACUGAGUGUACAAAACAUUAAGAACCUUCCUAAUAUUGAGUCCCCCCCCCCCCCUUUGCCUUCAGAACAGCCUCAAUUUGUUGUGGGAUGGACUCUACAAGGUGUCGAAAGCGUUCCACGGGAUGCUGGCCCAUGUUGACUUCAAUGCUUCCCAUAGUUGUGUCAAGUUGGCUGGAUGUCCUUUGGGUGGUGGACCAUUCUUGAUAAACACGUGAAAUUGUUGCGCGUGAAAAACCCAGCAGCAUUGCAGUUCUUGACACAAAUUGGUGCACCUGGCACCUACUACCAUAUUCCAUUCAAAGGCACUUAAAUAUUUUUGUCUUGCCCAUUCACCCUCUGAAUGGCACACGUACACAAUCAAUUUCUCAAUUGUCUCAAGGCUUAACAAUCUUUCAUUAACCUGUCUCCUCCCCUUCAUCUACACUGACUGAAGUGGAUUGAACAAUUGAAAUCAAUAAGCGAUCAUAGCUUUCACCUGGAUUUACCUGGUCAGUCUGUCAUGGAAAGAGCAGGUUUUCUUAAUAUUGUACACUCAGUGUAGACUAGUUAUCAAUAAUAGUCUGACUACGUUAAGUGUUCUCAGUCCUAAUUGUGGUUACAUUUGUUCAUUGUAUUCUUGAAAACGUACACUAUUAGGUUGAUCGUUCUCUUGAGUAGAGACUGAACAAUAUUGGUCAAAGAUCCUGAUCAGUAUUGACUGAUUUCAGCAUUGUCCAUUUCAUCAGCCUCAUUUGUCACGAUCAGCCUUCAUAACAGCCUCUUUCUCUGAUACCUCUUUUUGUGUGUGUUUGUGCUAACUUUAGGGACUUUGCCUAUGUGGCGAGAGACAAACUGACUCAUGUUCUGAAGUGCCAUGUGUUCAGGUGUGACACACCUGCUAAGAACAUUGCCACAAGCAUGCAUGACAUCUGCUCUAAGGUAAGCCCAUCUGCUAUGGUGCACUGCACCAUACUUUGGUCUCCACAUUUAACUUUUUUCAAAUGUUGAAAUUAAGGCUAAACUGUGUCUCUCUUGUCUUUCCUUAUCUGUAGAUAAUGGCCCUGAGGAAAUCAUCCAAGUCCUCUCUGAACAGACUCAACAUAGACCCCUCUAAACUGGUGGACAUUCCUUUCCAGGGUAAAACACUGGCACUUACUGUAUGACUAUAUACUUAAUGUAUAAUCUGAAACCAAAUGUAUCUAUGGGCUCCUUCAGGUCCUUCUGUCUCUCUCUCACUCUGUCCUCUAUUCUCCCUACAGAAUUCCCUGCACCAAAGAAUGAGCUAGUCCAGCGCUUCCAGGUAUGCUACCUGGGUAACGUGCCGGUGGCUAAACCCGUAGGUAAGGAACGCUUUGGUAAGGAAUGCUUUUUCUUCUCUUUCCUAGCUGUUGUGUUGGUGUAUCUUGUGGUGUUUUGAAUGAUUGUUUCAGGUAAACUUGUGUGUGUUUCUCGGUCACUGCCUGUAUUUAACCUUCCACUUGUCCUCCUGUAUGUUGGUACUGUAUUUAAAUUAAUGCUAACUUUCUACUAAGUUCGGUUUCACUCAAUGAAAUGCAUUCAAUACACAUUUACUUUACAGAAUGUGUCUCAAAUUAUUGUAUGUAUUUCUCUACUAAUUUCUCCUACAGAUUGUCAUACUGAUUUCUUACUGUGUGAAGUCUCGACUUCUAUGAGCUAUCCUAUUGUUAGGGAUAUUGAACUUUUAACUCUCUUUGUUUUCUGUGAAUUAUGAACUAACACAUUUCCUGUAAUUCCUUCCUUCCAUUUUCCUAAUAUUAUCAGGUAUUGAGUGUACUCAGACAGAUGCAUUUGGAAAGUAUUCAGACCCCUUUACUUUUUCCACAUUUUGUUACGUUACGGCCUUAUUCUAAAAUGGAUUAAAUAGUUUUCCCCCCUCAUCAAUCUACACACAAUAGCCCCAUAAUGACAAGGCAAAAACAGGUUUUUAUAAAUUUGUGCAAAUGUAUAUAAAAAAAACAAACACCUGAAAUAUGACAUUUACAUAAGUAUUCAGACCCUUUACUCAGUACUUUGUUGAUGUACCUUUGGCAGCAAUUACAGCCUCGAGUCUCCUUGGGUAGGACGCUACAAGCUUGGCACACCUGUAUUUGGUUUCUCCCAUUCUUCUCUGCGGAUCCUCUCAAGCUUUGUCAGGUUGGUUGGGGAGCGUCAUUGCACAGCUAUUUUCAGGUCUCUCCAGAGACGUUAGAUCGGGUUCAAGUCCGGGCUCUGGCAGGGCCACUCAAGGACAUUCAGAGACUUGUCCCGAAGCCACUGCUGUGUUGUCUUGGCUGUGUGCUUUGGGUCGUUGUCCUGUUGGAAGGUGAACCUUCGUCCCAGUCUGAGGUCCUGAGUGCUCUGGAGCAGGUUUUCAUCAAGGAUCUCUCUGUACUUUGCUCUGUUAAUCUUUCCCUCCAUCCUGACUAGUCUCCCACUCCCUGCCGCUGAAAAACAUCCCCACAGCAUGAUGCUGCCACCGCCAUGCUUCACUGUAGGGAUGGUGCCAGGUUUCCUCCAGACGUGACGUUUGGCAUUCAGGCCAAAGAGUUCAAUCUUGGUUUCAUCAGACCAGAGAAUCUCGUUUCUCCUGGUCUGAAAGUCUUUUAUGUUUCUUCUGACAAACUCCAAGCUGGCUGUCAUGUGCCUUUUACUGAGGAGCGGCUUCCGUCUGGCCACUCUACCAUAAAGGCCUGAUUGGAGUGCAGCAGAGAUUGUUGUCCUUCAGGAAGGUUCUCCCAUCUCCACAGAGGAACUCUGGAGCUCUGUCCGAGUGUCCAUCUGGUUUUUGGUCACCUCCCUGACCAAGGCCCUUCUCCCCCGAUUGCUCAGUUUGGCCAGGCGGCCAGCUGUAGGGAGAGUCUUGGUUGUUUCAAACUUCUUCCAUUUAAGAAUGAUGGAGGCCACUGUGUUCUUGGGGACCUUCAAUGCUGCAAAACAUUUUUGGUAGCCUUCCCCAGAUCUGUGCCUCGACACAAUCCUGUGUAGGAGCUUUACGGACAAUUCCUUCGACCUCAUGGCUUGGUUUUUGCUCUGACAUGCACUGUCAACUGUGGGACUUUAUAUAGACAGGUGUGUGCCUUUCCAAAUCAUGUCCAGUCAGUUGAAUUAACCAAAGGUGGACUCCAAUUAAGUUGUAGAAACAUCUCAAGGAUGAUCAAUGGAAACAGGAUGUACCUGAACUCAAUUUUGAGUCUCAUAGCAAAGGGUCUGAAUACUUAUGUAAAUAAGGUAUUUCUGUUUUAAAUGUUUUAUACAUUUGCAAAAAGAUCUAAACACCUGUUUUCGCUUUGUCAUUAUGGGGUAUUGUGUGUAGAUUGAUGAGGAUUCAUUUAGAAUAAGGCUGUAAAGUAACAAAAUGUGGAAAAAGGGAAGGGGUCUGAAUACUUUCCGAAUGCACUGUAGAUGUAGCUACUAGCUAACCUAGGUGGUUGUUAUUCCUAUCCAGGUAUGGACCUAGUUAACGUUGCCCUCGACACAGCAAUGAAUUCCAAAGACAAGGAAGAGUGGACGCCAGUAACUGUGAACGUGGCUUCAGCCACACUUACCAUAAUCACUGCUGAGGUGAGCACACAUAUAGAUGGUCACACACAAAUGUACACACAGAAUCUCAAAAAAAAUAUAUAUUUUUGAGGUUGUUUAAAUUGCUGUGGGAAUAGAACCCAAGGUUUACUGUUGUGUUCCCUGCAGACAGAGGAGGUUCUGUCAGAGUGCCGGGUGCGGUUCCUGUCUUUCAUGGGUGUGGGGAAGGACAUCCACACCUUUGCCUUCAUCAUGGCCGAGGGCUCCGGGGACUUCAUCUGCCACAUGUUCUGGUGUGAGCCCAACGCUGCCAGCCUCAGUGAGGCCGUGCAGGCGGCCUGCAUGGUGAGUGCACCAUUUCCGUCAGCCAGUAACUGCUGGCUUUUCGCCGAUACAAAUGCAUUGUCCGUCAGAAAAUAUCCUAUUGAAAAUAAAUAUCCUCUCUAAAUCACAUUGGCUAUUCAUGGAGGUUGGUUCAGGUUGUCUUUCGAUCGCAUCAUCUCUACUCUGCCUGUCUGUUUUGAGCUCACACUCUCGCUAGCAAACUUUCAACAUUGUAUCAACUGAGCUCUGUCCGCAAAGUUUCAAGCGCCAUUGAGUUUGUGACAGCUGGAAGCAGUGUUCCGCUAUUUUAUGUUUUGCUAGACAUCCUUAUAAGAUAACGUUGCUCCCUAUAAGAAAAUGUACAGAAAUGUCAUUCAAAUCCAUCAUGGAGGAGUAUUGAGAUUAAGUAUUUUUGCUUCCCUCCUCUACCUCUAAUCUAAUGCCUGGUCGUGUAGUUAGUUUAGAAAUGCCCAAAACAAUGCAAAUCAAACUAACUAGUUGGCUAACUAGCUACUGUACCAAGAAUGGCGGCACAGACAAGUGGAAAAAUAGAUCGACACUGAAACUGAGAAUAUUUACAAGCCAGAUGGACAGAGACGUGCAUUGUGCAAGGAGCCAACGUUCACUUGGUAGGAUAUCAUUCCUCCUUGCAUAAUUAUUGUAGUCACUUCCAUGUGGUGCCAAUGAAUCGGCAGUGAGUAGUCCUAAAAAAGCAUUACCCUACACAUGACUGCAUUCAGAUGGGUUCCUAUUUGAUAUGGCAAAUUUGAUUUGCAGGGAUUUGACUGUUUUACUAAGAGCAAAUAGUAAACAUACACAGCCUUGUUGAAUCCAAGUUUAUAUUUCAAUUGUGAUUUGGUGCUAAUGUUGUGUGCCUUUUGACAGCUGCGCUACCAGAAGUGUCUGGACGCCAGGCCACCCAGUACCAGCUCCUGCCUACCAGGCCCGCCGGCUGACUCCGUGGCACGCCGUGUGGGCUCAAGUGUCAAGAAGGGAGUUCAGAGCCUGCUGGGCAGCUUCAAGAGGUCUGGGUCCCAGACACCCUGA